AAAUCGUUAAUUAAGCGACCAGUCAAAAAUCCCCUACCUAGACCAAUAGACCCGACCGACUCGACCAGCGCCCAACAAGCGCUUCACGAUGGCCACCAAGGGCGAGCACGAGAAGCCGGAGACGGUGGACGACGAGCACCAGCCGAUUGUCAAGAAGGUUCGUCUGGAUGUGGACGCCAAAGUGACGGAGGACGUUAAGAAGGUUAAAAUCGACGAGAAUGCCGCCCCACAACCAGAAGUCGGCGGCCACGAGUCAGCGGAGAAGAACUCAGCGUCCUCGUCGCCCGUGCAGGAUGCAGGCUCUGACACUAAGGAGAAAGAGGAGAAGGAGGUCAAACCUAACACCACUGGAAGCGCCUUCGGUGGAUUCAGUGCCUUUAGUGGCCAAAACGCCUUCGCAGGUUUCACGGCGUCUGGCAGUGUUAACGGGUUUAGCACCAAGGCUUCGUCCUCGACGGAAUCAGGUUUCGGAGGGUUUGCCACUAAGGCGACAAGUGGAUUUGGAGGCUCCACACCGUCAUCGAGUGACGCGACGAGCAGUUCGAGUGGAUUUGCAUCCUUCCAGAGCGACUCCACCGUGACGUUCGCGUCGUUCGCAGCAGCACAAUCGAGUACGGAUGACUUCGGAGCCAAGGCCUCGUCAGCUUCAGCUACCGAUUUCUCUGACGCUGAAGUGGCCAAGAAGGCGGAGCCUGUUGUACCAGCACUGACAGAAGCAGAGCUGGCAAACGGAGAAGAAGGAGAACAGAUCUUGGUCGAGAAACGUGCGAAGCUGUUCAAAUUGGUGGAGAAGGACUACACAGAAGUCGGCAUUGGCCCAUUGCGGGUUCUGAACGCAAAGGACGCAAAGGCUGAUGACGAGAAGGUGACUGCGCGUAUAGUGAUGCGACGUGAGUCGUACCCACACGGACCUGGUACCAAACUGCUGAUGAACACCAGCUUGGGCUCCUGUCUACUAUGUGAGAAGAAGACAGAGAAGACGAUGCUUCUGACAGUGUUGGAGGCGAACGAGGACCCGGAAGCUGAGAAGAAAUUCAACCCCGUGACGUAUCUGAUGCGUUUCGGAAGCCCCGAGGAUCUGGACGCUGUGAUGACGCGGAUCCAGUCGCACAUGCACUCGUCGACAGCAGUCGCGUCAUCCAGUUGAGGCCGAGACUUGUCUAGCUUUGAGCUGUAGAGCUCAGCUCCAAGCCGUGUAGCGAUAUUAGUCCAGCCGACAAGAAGUCACAAGUGCUGGGUGCAUGCCGGUCGGGUCGGCAGCGUAAGAAUUCGUAGCUAUGCCGCGGUAUACGACGGGCUCAACACCGACGACAUGGCAACGUAGCGCGCAGUUAUCCGUUAGAUAAACAAGUUGCAGGUUGAACCAUUUCUUCGGUACUUCUCGUCAACCUGGAAGAU